AUGGAAGAAAAUGACGAUAAUAGUUACGAUACUGAUUUAGAUGAUGAUGAAGCAGAUCAACUUGAAAAAUAUACACCAUCACGAUUAUCAUUCGUUGAGAAAUUAGCAGCUCAUCGAAGUAAUCGAUCACAUGAAACAUUUGGUCAAUUAAAUGUACCAAUUGAAUUUCUAUCGAAUACUUCAAAAAAUACUGAUGAUGAAGUUCUUGUUCCAAUACGAUGUAAAAUUCCAACUAAAAAUGCAAGAGUUCAUACGUAUGAAUAUUGUUGUACAACACUUGAUAUUCCAGCUGAUUGGCAAAUUCGAGGUUUUCUACCAUAUAAUACUAUUACUCUUGUUGAUCGACCAUUCUCAUUUAAUGAUUUUCGUGCAUUGGCUACAUCAAUCGAAGCAAAUCUUGAAAGUUUAACAUUACAUGCUGUAAAUUUAAUACCAUCAUCACUUUAUGUACUUUGUCAAGGAUUAAAUAAAUGUGUUCAUCUUACUUUCUUGGAUUUAUCCGAUAAUAAAAUUGGUAAAAAAGGUUUUGAUGCAUUAAUGUCAAUAUUUGAUCAACUUUCAUCAUUACAAUAUUUAUCAUUGGCUAAUUGUGAUAUUCAAGAUUCUUAUGGUUCAAAAAUUGGUGAUUUAUGUCGACAUAAAAGACUUCUUGAACUUAAUUUAACUGGAAAUAAACUUGAAGAAAAUGCAUGUAUUUUUAUUGGCAAUGCUCUAACUGAAAAUUGGAGUUUAUUAUAUUUAAAUUUAAGUUGGAAUUUAAUAAGAAGUUAUGCAUCAAUCGCUCUUUUUCGUGGAAUAGAAGUUAAUAAAUGUUUAACUGAACUUGAUAUAUCAUGGAGUGGUCUUAGUUAUGAUGGAAGUGUUGCUCUUCGACGAGUUUUAGCUGUUAAUAAAGUUUUACAACGUUUAAACAUAAGUAAUUGUCAUAUUGAAUGGACGAGUGCAAAAUUAAUAAGUGAAGGUUUAGCAAAAAAUUCUACACUUCAAAAUUUAAAUCUUGCCUUUAAUCCAAUAACAACACAUGGUGCUCAAUAUAUUAUUCAAGCUUUAGAUGUAGAAACAAGUGCUGUUUCUAUGCUUGAUCUAUCGGGUAUUACUGUUUUUUCAUCGACAGUACGUCUUGCAGAAAAAAUUGCUAAACGAAAAGAAUUUAUUUUGAAAUAUGAUUGUGAAAUACCUACACAUGAUACGAUUGGUCGACAAGGAAAAGCUGCAAAAGGAGAUUCGAUGCGUACAUUAGUUCAACAUAUUGAUAAUAGAAAUUGGCGCACAUUAGAAUAUUUUCGUAUGUUAAAUAAAAACAAUCAAGGAGAAUUGAAACCUGAAGCGAUUACUCUUGAUAUUGUGAAAUCAGAUGCCAAACUUGAUAAUGAAGAUAUUCAAAAUAUUCAUCAACGUCUUGGAAAUAUAUCUAUGCAACCAUUAACAUAUAAGAAUUUGAAUUCUAUUAUUAAUAAACAACGGAUACGUGAUCGAUCAUUAAAAGCUCGUCAAGAAAAACAAGCACAAAAUAUGAAAAAACGUAAUCAAAAAAUCUUAGAAACUGUUAGUCAACAUUUUCCUGGAAUUGAAAUUCUUAGUGAAAAACAAAAACGUCAAGAAGCUAUUGAAAAAUUAUCUAAACCAAGAGCCAUCAGUGCUAGAUCUAAAGUUUAA